CUAUUUCAAAUGUCAUUAAUAUCUCCCGAUCUUAUACUUGCAGGUUAUUUGGAGACGAUUUUUUUUCUAUAACAGCCUUACUUUCAACAUUCACAAUAAUAAAAUUGGACGUUAUGAUAAAUAUGACGUUUUAAUGGUUGUUGCCUUUUGUAGUACAUAAACAAACAAACUCCACCACUACCUGUCAGACAACUUCUAGUGCCAGUGUAAGCUAACAGCAUGGCUGCUGAAGGCGAGAAGAAACGCAUUCUUGAGAUGGUCCAAGCUGAUGGUUCCGAUGAGGGUAGUGUUACGUUUGUAAUGCACGAUGAAGACCACACACUGGGGAACUCCCUGCGAUACAUGAUCAUGAAAGACGAGUCUGUUGAGUUUUGUGGCUACACUAUCACGCAUCCAUCCGAGAACAAGAUCAACUUUCGCAUUCAGACACGAGAUGGAACUCCAGCUGUGGAGCCUCUGAGGAGGGGUCUAACUGAACUCCGGGAUGUUUGUCAGCAUGUUCUCAAUACAUUUGAGGCAAAAGUAAAGGAGUUCAAAGAGAAGCAGGAGCAACCCAUGGAAUGAAGACCAUUGACCAAAUCAGUAAACAUUUCUUCUGUGUGUAUAUAUAUGACUUAUCUAUAUAGUAAGUAUAGUUUUUAUAUAGAAGGAAUGGACUGAUUAAAGAUGUUUAUAGGGCCUUUUUUGUGAGCAAAGGCAUGUUUGCAUUUUUUUCCCUGUACCAUCUUUCCUAAAUUGUUUGCACAAAGAGAGGAAAAUAACAAAUGUACAAACAUAAAUGAUCAAUGUCGAAUGAUUUUUCCACAUUUUUCAUUCUUCAACUCCCCCAAGACUCCGACAUAUUCUAAUGGUAUGUAUUGUCAUAACUGCUCGUGUAUCAUUCAUUUGAAUGGUUUUCCAAAGCAAUGAUGUGAUCCUUGGAACUCAAAAUUGUUCGCAUCUGUCCUUUUGAAGAGGUGUUUCACAUCUGAAGGAAACUUUGGUUCUUCAGCCGUCAUAAUUAGCUAAAGAAUGCGGUCUGAGUUAUUUUGUGCUGUGCCGCCAAGACAGGCAGAAAAAGAAUGAGGGUAGUGAAGUUUAAAUAAUGGCAUGCAAGUGUUUGGGUGUUAAUCAUAUCCCUCUGUUGAUCGUAUAUAAAAACAUGCUUGUGUGUGUUGGCGGCCGAGGGAACUUUUGAAGAAUUGGCAAGAAGGGGAUGCUGUUUUUCAAAAUGAAAUAGGAAUUGUAUAUGCUGUAACAAUCAUCUUAUGUUCCUCUUGGCCUUACUUAGUAGACAUUUAAAUACACUUGCCAGGAUGGACAUAAUCUGCCAGAAUGGGACAGAAAGACUGCCUGCAGGUUGCCUUGUUAAAGUCCAGGCGGUAUCAGUUAUUUUGUCCUACAUUUCUGAAAUACAUUGUCAUUUAAAAGUGACUAAUGAAGGAUGAAAUUUUGUCCUGUUGCAUCCAAAAGAGCAAACGCAGUUUGGCAUUGGCAAAACUACUUUGGUUGUUUAAUGACAGUGGAACCAUGUUCUAACAGUUUCCAAUCCAAGGUAACAAUCUCAAGGCUUGGAUUUUUCUGAACAGACAAAUUUUAGUUAUCCUCAGUUAACUCUUGGCAUGAAGAAACCUAAGAUAGUGCAUGUUGUUUAUAAAACAACAAUAAAAAAAGGGCAUGUCAACAAAUAUUUUUUGUGGUUCACUUAUUUAUUGAACUGUUUUUAACAACAAAGUGUACAGGCUUUGACAACUGCAAGUAAAAUGUUCAGUUGUGAAAAAGCCCCAUCAAGCAAGGGAGGACGCCUGAAAACUAUUGUUUGCUCAGUGGUUACAUAUUAUCUCUUGACAUGCAGGGAGGCUGAAACACUCAAGUUGACAAAUGAUCUUCUCAACCGUUGGAGUUGGGGUAAUUUUAGGGUGGUUUCAGCCCACAUAUUUUUUUAUUUUGUGAUUAAUGCUGUAAACAUACUUCUUGUUUGUGCAUUGUAAAAUCAACCUUUCAAAAAUCUAGUCAACAGUCUAAACUUUUAUAUAAUUUUUGACAUCUUAAUAAAUCAAAGGUUGUUUGUUCAUAUGUGCUCAGUGAUUCGCUGGUGACCACUUCAGUCCCUUGCCCAGUUAGCUGGGAUAGGCUCCAGCACGCCCGUGACCCUGGUGAGGAUAAGCAGUCCAGAAAAUUGAUGAAUAAUAAAUAAAAUCACAAUUUCAGCAGAACAUUUCCUGUUUACUUGAGUUAUUGUUGUCUCAUACAUUUGUUUGAUGAUAUUAAAGUGUGGAAACGUAAAAAAAAAAAAAAAAACAAAGUUGGGGAAUACUGUACUUUAUUACAGUACUGCAGCUCACAGCUUGGCUCUUGCAGUCUCGGGAUGGAUUUGGAAUACAUGUACAAAAGUGGAGUUAAUCAUUGUGCAUGAUCUGUUAGAGCUUCUGCAGAACAAAAUGCUGUAGCAAAUGCGUGAAAAAUGCAUUUGUUCAAUAAUGUUAGGGAAAAGAGAUCACAUGACAAUAAAAAAAACUGAUGAGGA